CGCUGGGGCAACAGAUAAUUACAACUGGAAGAGAGAAAAUGGAAAAGCAAAAGCCUUUUAAAUUGUUCGUACCACCAAGAUUAAGUAGCAGUCAAGUAUCUGCAGUGAAACCUCAGAAUUUGGGAGGAGAUUCUAAUUUCUUCAAGAGUUUCAGCAAAUGUAUUGAAGAUGAUUUUGGCUUUCCAUUUGCAAUGACUAAUCUCUCCAAAAAUGGGGAAAACGUUGAUUCAGAUCCUGCUUUACAAAAAGUUAAGGUUUUGCCCAUGCUUGAACAGGUUGAUAACUCUGACAGUUGUCACUACCAGGAAGGACUAAAAGACUCUGAUUUUGAGAAUUCAGAGCCAAUGAGCAGACUGUAUUCAAAACUGUAUAAGGAGGCUGAAAAGAUCAAGAAGUGGAAAGUGAAUAUAGAAUUUGAAUUGAAGCAGAAAGAAAAUAAGUUGCAAGAAAAUAGAAAGAUAAUUGAAGCACAGCGGAAAGCCAUUCAAGAACUACAGUUUGAAAAUGAAAAAGUAAGUUUGAAAUUAGAAGAAGGAAUUCAAGAAAAUAAAGAUUUAAUAAAAGAGAAUAAUGCUACAAGGCAUUUAUGCAAUUUACUCAAAGAAACCUGUGCCAGAUCUGCAGAAAAGACAAAGAAAUAUGAAUAUGAACGGGAAGAAACUAGGCAAGUAUAUGUGGAUCUAAAUAAUAACAUUGAGAAAAUGAUAAUAGCUUUUGAGGAACUUCGUGGGCAAGCUGAGAAUUCCAGAUUGGAAAUGCAUUUUAAAUUAAAGGAAGAUCAUGAAAAAUUCCAACACCUUGAAGAGGAAUAUAAGAAGGAAGUACAUGACAAGGAAAAGCAGGUAUCACUACUAUUGCUCCAAAAUACUGAGAAAGAAAAUGAAAUGAAAAAUUUGGUAUUUCUGCUGGAGGAAUCCAGAGAUAAAGUUAAUCGAUUAGAGGAAAAGACAAAAUUACAGAAUGAAAACUUAAAAGAAUCAAAUGAGAAGCAGGAUCAUUUGACAUCAGAACUAGAAGAUACUAAAAUGUCUUUGCAAAGAAGUGUGAUUACUCAGAAGGCUUUAGAGGAAGAUUUACAGGUAGCAACAAAAAAAAUAUAUCAGCUCACUGGAGAAAAAGAAACUCAGAUGGAAGAAUUUAAUAAAGCUAAAGCUGCUCAUUCAUUUGUGCUUACUGAACUUAAAACUUCUGUCUGUAGCUUGAAAGAAUUAUUGACAACAGAACAGCAAAGAUUGGAAAAAAGUGAAGAUCAAUUGAAAAUACUUACCAUGAAGCUUCAGCAGAAAUCAAGUGAACUCGAAGAGAUGACUAAGCUUAAAAAUAACAAAGAAGUAGAACUUGAAGAAUUGAAGAAAAUCUUGGUAGAAAACCAAAAGCUUUUAGAUGAAAAGAAACAAUUUGAGAAGAUUGCUGAAGAAUUAAAAGGAACACAGCAAGAACUGACUGGUCUUCUCCACACCAGAGAGAGAAAAGUGCAUGAUUUGGAAGUACAGUUAACUGCCAUUGUGACAAGUGAGCAACAUUAUUCCAGACAGGUUAAAGAGCUGAAAACUGAACUUGAAAAUGAGAAGUUUAAGACUACUGAACUAAAUGCAAGCUGCAACAGGCUUUCACUGGCGAACAAAAAAUUAGCACAAGAAACAAGUGAAAUGGCCCUAGAACUCAAGAAACAGCAAGAAGAUACUGAUAAUAGCAAAAAGAAAGAAGAACGGAUGUUGAAACAAAUAGAAAAUAUGGAAAAAACUGAAACACAAUUAAGGAAUGACCUGGAAUCUGUGCGAGAAGAACUAAAGCAGAAAGGAGAUGAAGUUAAAUGUAAAUUGGACAAGAGCGAAGAAAAUUGUAACAAUUUAAGGAAACAAGUUGAAAAUAAAAGCAAGUGUAUUGAAGAACUCCAGCAAGAGAAUAAGGCCUUAAAAAAAAAGGGUACAGCAGAAAGCAAGCAACUGAAUAUUUAUGAGAUAAAGGUCAAUAAAUUAGAGUUAGAACUAGAAGUUGCCAAACAAAAAUUUAAAGAAAUGACCGACAUCUAUCAAAAAGAAAUUAAAGACAAAACGAUAUCAGAAGAAAAUCUUUUGGAAGAGGUUGAGAAAGCAAAAGUAAUAGCUGAUGAAGCAGUAAAAUUACAGAAAGAAAUUGAUAAGCGAUGUCAACAUAAAAUAGCUGAAAUGGUAGCACUUAUGGAAAAACAUAAGCACCAAUAUGAUAAAAUAGUUGAAGAAAGAGACGCAGAAUUAGGACUUUAUAAAAGCAAAGAACAAGAACAGUCAUCAAUGAAGGCAUCUUUGGAAGCUGAACUAUCUAAUUUCAAAAAUGAGCUUUUGUCUGUUAAGAAACAACUUGAAAUAGAAAGAGAAGAAAAGGAAAAACUCAAAAAAGAGACCAAAGAAAACACAGUUCUUCUCAAAGAAAAAAAAGACAAGAAAACACAGACAUCUCUGUUGGAAACACAUGAAACUCAUUAUUGGAAGUUUGAUUCUAAAGUAGCUCCUUCACAAAAUAUAUCCAGAAACAUCACAUCAGCGGACAAUGGCAAAUCCAGAGACAAAAGAGACUAUUUGUGGACAUCUGCCAAAAGUACUUUAUCCACACCAUUGCCAAAGGCAUAUACUGUGAAGACACCAACGAAACUAAAAAUUCAGCAGAGAGAAAGCAAGAAUAUACCUACCGAAGAAAGUAAUAAAAAAAGAAAAAUGGUCUUUGAGUUUGAUAUUAACUCGGAUAGUUCAGAAACUACUGAUCUUUUGGGCAUGGUAGCAGAAGAAGAGACAUCGAAAAAACUGUACAAGACUCAUAAUCCACCAACUCCUCAUCUUUGUGUCAGAACACCAAAACAGACCCCUUCAUCUCUAACAACCCCUGGAUCUACACUGAAGUUUGGAGCUAUGAGGAAAAUGAGUGAAGAUCGUUGGGCUGUAAUUGCCAAAAUGGAUAGGAAAAAAAAACUAAAGGAUGCAGAAAAGCUAUUUGCUUAAUUUCAGAAAAUAAGUGUGAUUAAGGAGCCUAAUAACAUCUUAUUUAUAGUUAAUUAAAAAUGUUUAUUUUCUGAAGAGCCAAACAGUUUCUGAAAUUGAGACUUUAUUUUUGCAUAAAUAAUUUGGUUUUUAAAAUUUGUAUAUUUUGGCCUAAAUUGAAAUAACCACACGUUACCUGAAAUCUUGUAAUUGUAGUCAAAUAAUAUGAUUGUAUUUUGUUUUUACCUUUUGUUGUCUUUAUUAAAACUGUUUUAGCUAAGUUUUCAAAUUUGUAAAGUUAUCCAUUAAAUGCUAGGAACACAUUGAGAUUUACUCUUUAUUCUUUACUAUUAAAAUAUUUUGAAUGCAA